AUGUCGUACGAAGAGCGCGUCAAUGCGCACCCUAACCUGGGCGACGAGUCCGAUGUCGAGGAGGAGGCUCUCGUCAAUGACUACCGCGAGCAAGUGAAUUUUGACGAUGGCAUGAGCGAGCUGGAGCGGACAACAUCUCUUGGAGCUGGUUCCCAAACGCAAGAUCUCCAAGCUCAGCUUGCCGCUGCUGCGACCCCGCUUGAAUACCAGGCCACUCUCGAGACCAAGUUCGCGAGCUAUGACAACUACUGCAGCCUGUUCCACUACAUCCUGAACUCCGAAGGUCCUGUCGAGCUGGAGGUUCCCUCUUACUACUGGGCCUGGGAUGUGAUCGAUGAAUUUAUCUACCAGUUUGAAUCGUUCUGCCGCUACCGUAAUCGUGUUGCCCGUAGCGGCUCCAAUGAAGAGGAAGCACAACUCCUGCGCGAGAACCCAAACACAUGGGGCUGCUACUCUGUCCUCAACGUUCUUUACUCUCUUAUUCAGAAAUCGCAGAUUAACGAACAAUUGGCUGCUAUCAAGCGUGGAGACGAUCCGAUGGCAUUCGCUGGUGAAUACGGCUCCCGCCCUCUGUAUAAGAUGCUGGGAUACUUCUCGAUCAUUGGUCUACUGCGUGUCCACUGCUUGCUGGGAGACUUCAGCCUUGCUCUCAAGACCCUCGAUGACAUUGAGAUGAACAAGAAGGCCAUGUUCGCUCGCGUCAUGGCAGCCCACUUCACCACUUACUAUUAUGUGGGUUUCUCGUACAUGAUGAUGCGUCGUUACGGCGAUGCCAUUCGCAUGUUCAGUCACAUUCUGGUCUAUGUCUCGCGGACCAAGAACUUCCAAAAGGGUGGCAACAGCUAUGAUGCCAUUGCUAAGAAGAACGACCAGAUGUAUGCUCUGAUCGCUAUCUGCGUGGCUCUUCACCCCACUCGUCUGGACGACACCAUUCACUCGGCUCUGCGUGAGAAGUACGGUGAGCAGCUCAUUCGUCUCCAGCACGGUGGUCCCGAUGCCCUUCCUCUGUUUGAGGAGCUCUUCCGCUCCGCCUGCCCCAAGUUCAUCAGCCCAACUCCCCCUGACUUCGACAACCCGGCUCUUAACAUCGACCCCGUCGAUCACCACACCGCUAUUUUCAUGGACGAGGUCAAGAACACCCUAUACAACCCUACCAUCCGGUCGUACCUCAAGCUCUACACGACCAUGGACCUGAAGAAACUUGCCGGUUUCCUCGAGGUCGAGCCCGAGGUGCUCCGCUCUUGGCUGCUGGUGAACAAGCAGCGCAGCCGUCAGGUGCGCUGGGUUGAGGGUGGCCUGUUGGAGGGUGAGCCCGUCAACGUGAACGAUCUCGACUAUGCGCUGGAGAACGACCUGAUCCACGUCAGCGAAACCAAGGCCGGCCGCCGUCUGGUGGACUGGUACCUGAGAAACCUGGCCAGAGUUUACUAG